CGCAGCCCCGCCCCGGGCUCUGACGAGCAGAGGCCGGCCCCAGGGUGGGCCGGGCGGCAGUGCCGGGCGCGGGAACACUGGAAGCGGGUGGCGGGCUUGUAGGCGGUAAAGUGAAGAUGCCAUCUGCACUAAAGCCAAUGCGGUACGGCCAUACCGAAGGCCACACGGACGUCUGCUUCAAUGACACUGGGAGCUGCAUUGUAACUUGUGGCAGUGAUGGAGAUGUUAGGAUUUGGGAAAAUCUGGAUGAUGAUGAUCCGACGUCCUUUAAUGUAGGAGAAAAGGCCUAUUCAUGCGCUCUGAAGAAUGGACGACUUAUCACAGCAGUAUCGAACAACGCUGUUCAGAUCCAUACAUUUCCUGAAGGAGCUCCAGAUGGCAUCGUUACUCGUUUCACCACAAAUGCAAACCACGUCAUCUUUAAUAGUGAUGGUACCAAAAUUGCUGCUGGAUCUAGUGACUUCAUCGUCAAAGUUGUGGAGGUGACUGAUAGCAGCAAGCAGAAAACAUUCCGAGGGCACGAUGCUCCUGUUUUAAGCCUGUCUUUUGACCCCAGGGAUGUUUACCUGGCAUCGGCGAGCUGUGAUGGUUCUGUCAGAGUAUGGAAAAUUUCAGAUCAGACAUGCACGACAAGCUGGCCGCUGCUGCAGAAGUGUAAUGAUGUGAUAAAUGCUAAAUCAAUAUGCAGGCUGGGAUGGCAACCUGGCAAUGGAAAAUUGCUGGCAAUUCCUGUAGAUAAAGUUGUUAAACUAUACAGAAGAGAAACCUGGGAUAGUCAAUUUGAUCUAUCAGAUACAUUCAUCACACAGACCUUGAAUAUUGUAGCCUGGUCUCCUUGUGGGCAGUAUCUGGCAGCUGGAAGUGUGGAUGGGUGUAUAGUGGUGUGGAAUAUGGAAAGCCAGAAGUGCAUAGAGAGGAUGAAGCAUGAGAAAAAAUACACAAUUUGUGGACUGGCCUGGCACCCCAAAUAUAAGCAAAUCGCCUACACAGAUACUGAAGGAAAUCUGGGGUUGUUGGAAAAUAUUGGUGAUGAAAAGAAAUCAAAUGACAAGGUUACCAGUACAGCGACAAAGGACUACAAUGAUCUCUUUGAUGGAGAUGAUGACUAUUUAAGUGGAGAUAUGAUUGAACCACAGUCUUCCCCAAAGACUGGAGCUAAUGAAGAAGAUGCUGAUGAUGAUGACCUUAAGCCAACUUCAGGCCAUUUCAGACGUACAAUAAUUGAUGAUGAUGAUAACUCACUAGAUAUUGGGAUGAUAAAAGCUAAUUCCAAUCUUCUUGAAAAGGAAGAUGAUGAUGAUGAUGAUGAUCAGACUGGUGGCUUUCCAGGUUUACCACCAUCAUCUACACAACAGCCUUUCUAUGAUGGGCCAGUGCCAACCCCCAGGCAGAAGCCAUUCCAGUCUGGUUCCACUCCUGCCCAUCUCAUGCAUCGUUUCAUGGUAUGGAAUUCUGUUGGCAUCAUUCGCUGUUACAAUGAUGAGCAAGACAAUGCUAUAGAUGUAGAAUUUCAUGAUACCUCUGUACAUCAUGCAACACACCUGCCAAACUCUCUGAAUCACACGAUGGCUGACCUCUCUACCGAAGCUAUUUUACUAGCCUGUGAGAGUACAGAGGAACUUGCAAGCAAGCUCCACUGCAUUCAUUUGAGUUCAUGGGAUGCAAACAAGGAAUGGACAGUAGAUAUGCCAAAGGAUGAAGACAUUGAAGCUAUCUGUCUAGGUCAAGGCUGGGCUGCUUGUGCCACUAGUGCCUUGCUAGUUCGUGUGUUUACAGUUGGAGGAGUUCAGAAAGAGAUCUUCAGUCUCCCAGGUCCAGUGGUGUCUAUGGCAGGACAUGGAGAGCAGUUGAUGGUUAUUUAUCACAGAGGUACUGGGUUUGAUGGGGACCAGUGCCUUGGAGUACAGCUGAUGGAGCUAGGAAAAAAGAAAAAGCAGAUUUUGCAUGGAGACCCUCUUUCUCUUACAAAGAAAUCAUAUUUGAUAUGGGUUGGAUUCUCUGCAGAAGGUACCCCUUGUUACGUGGAUUCGGAGGGAAUCGUGCGAAUGUUGAACCGAGGACUUGGGAAUACUUGGAUUCCAGUGUGUAACACGAGAGAGCAUUGCAAAGGAAAAUCUGAUCAUUACUGGGUAGUUGGGAUCCAUGAAAAUCCCCAGCACCUCAGGUGUAUUCCGUGUAAAGGAGCCCGAUUCCCUCCUACACUACCACGGCCUGCUGUAGCAAUAUUAUCUUUCAAACUUCCUUACUGUCAAGUUACAACAGAAAAGGGCCAGAUGGAGGAACAGUACUGGCGUUCUGUUGUAUUUCACAACCAUGUGGAUUACCUAUCAAAAAAUGGCUAUGAACUUGAUGAAAGUGCUAAAAGUCAGGCAGUGAAAGAGCAGCAAGAACUUUUAAUGAAGUUGUUUGCCCUUUCUUGUAAACUGGAGCGUGAAUUUCGCUGCGUGGAACUUGCUGACCUUAUGACACAAAACGUUGUGAAUUUAGCCAUCAAGUAUGCUUCUCGCUCUCGAAAACUAAAUUUAGCUCAGCGACUUAGUGAAAUGGCUGUAGAAAAAGCAAGCAAGUUAGCAGCAGCACUGGAAGAUGAAGAGGAGGAAGAGGAUUUCCGAAAGCACUUGAAUGCUGGUUACAGCAACUCUGCCACAGAGUGGAGGCAACAGCCAGUCAGAAAUGUUCAGCCGGACCAAGAAAUGGAAGAUGCUGAGGAAGCUAAUGCCUAUGAAGAAGUAGAAGAAACACCAGAAGUGCUUAAAGAGAGGCCAAAUCCUUUCUCCAAAUGUGUCACUUCAGCAGAGGUGACCACUCCAAAAUCUGUUUUAAUUGCAUCAAGCAGCCAAGGACGAGUGAAUCCAUUUAAGGUGUCUUCUAACAAGAAAGACCCAGUGGUCCCUUCAGCAAAUGUUCUAGACACUAUGAGCAAAUACUCAAAGAAAAACUGUUCAUCUAGCAGUCAAGCUGUGAACAAGCAGAGCCCUCCAGUUAUAAAGCCUCUGAUUCCCAAACCCAAAUUCAAGCAGAUUUCAGCAGCUUCAUUCUUCCAGGCUCAUACAUCUAACUCUAGUGAAAAAACAGUGGAAGAAAGAGAGGAAAAAGCAGGAAAUGGGUCCCAUGAAGUAAAAGUUACAGCACAGGAGAACACUGAAAACAGAAGACCUAAGACAGGAUUCCAAAUAUGGCUAGAAGAGAACAGAGCAAACAUUUUGAAAGAUAAUCCUGAUCUGAACGAAGCAGAAGUAAUAAAAGAAGGCAUGACUCGAUUUAGAGUGCUGUCAUCAGAAGAAAGAAUGGCGUGGACUGAGAAAGCAAAAGGAGGAACAGUUAAUGAUUCAGCAGAAGAUAAAAAACGAAAGCGCCCCACAGCUGAUGAAGAUGAAGUGAAAAAGAGCGAGGAGCAAAAAUCGGAGCACUCGAAUUUAUCCAAAAAAACAAAGCCUUUAGAUCAAUCUGCAAAUGUCAAAUUGUCAGCUUUUGCCUUCAAGCAGAGCUAAACAAUGUUGUGUCUUCUCAACGUCUGUUUUCUGACAACAUUAGGUAGCUCUGUAUUGAGAAAUUCGCUGCUGUGCUCCAAGAGCACUAGAAAGAGUGCCUUGCUCCAAAUAGUCUUUUAGAAAGUGUCAGUUCUUGAGGAAAAUGUUGAAUCCACUCUCCUGAUCUUUUGCAAGUUACUAGUAGAAAGCUUGAUAGCAAAACUAAUGCUAAUGGUCCUGUUAGCUAAAGCACAGUUCCACACAGUGCUAUGUAGCUGCGUGCCUCAAUACUUGUAAUAUUUGGUGCUAAAUACAGAUGAAUCAUCCUGGGAAAGAUAAACUACAGCCAAAAGCUAUUGUGUGGUUUUAGAGAGGCAAAGUAAUGGCUUCUGUACUAUUCCUUCUGCCAGCUGAAACACGUGUAAGAGAGAGACCCUUGAGGAAAUGUGAUUGAAGGGAAGAUACCUUAACAUGUUGCUGGUAUUCAGCUGCGUAUUCAACAUCUGUGGUCAUAACAGCGGUAGGGAGCAGCUUGAACCAUGGCAGGGAGAGAAAACCAGGGCAGAAGCUGAGUUAGGAAGGUCAGGUGUGCAAAAAGGAGCCGUUCCAGACUGUGCAAAUGUGCAUUCCCUGUGCCUCAGCAGGGUCCAGAAAGUGCUUAGAACUUGAAAAUGUAUGUAAUCGUUUUAUAUUGUGUGUUUUUUUUUAAUAAAAUGUGAAUGUUUCUUUGUUUAA